AUGGGAGUGCGAGUCCAUGCCGUGUCAGCCUCUGCCCUGGUGUAUUUCAUCCAGCUUCCUUGGGCAAGAUGUGAGGAGAACUGUGUCAAUUCUGAACAUUGCCUGACCACAGAUUGGGUACAUCUCUGGUAUAUAUGGUUGCUGGUAGUGAUUGGCGCACUGCUCCUGCUGUGUGGCCUGACUUCUGUGUGCUUCCGCUGCUGCCUGAGUCGCCAGCAGAAUAGGGAAGACGAGGGCCAGCCACCCUGUGAAGUGACGGUCAUCGCUUUUGAUCAUGACAGCACUCUCCAGAACACAAUCACUUCCCUGCAGUCAGCGUUCGGCCCCGCGGCUCGAAGAAUCCUGGCAGUGGCUCACUCUCACAGCUCGCUGGGCCAUCUGCCCUCCUCUGUGGACACCCUCCCGGGGUACGAAGAAGCUCUUCGCAUGAGUCGCUUCACGGUUGCAAGGUGCGGGCAGAAAGCUCCUGAUUUAUCCCCAGUGCCGGAAGAAAAGUAACUGCCUCCAACGGAGGAGUUUCCUUGAAUAGAACACUCUUCAAAUUGAUGAGAACUCUGGUUGUAUAAGUGGGGUGGGGGUAUCCCCAGAGUCGGUAGAGAUUCACAGACAAAUGGAACAUUUUUUUCUAACUUUCAGAAGGUUUAGGGUGGCAUCUAAACAUCAUUCUGUAGAAAAGAUGAAUUCCAACUCUUCAUUUCUAGAUACAUGUAUUUUCUGAGAUGGAAUGCUCUAGUGAAGAACUCUCAUUCAAUGGCCAACAUUUGCAACUAACCUUUAGCAAUGCUGAUUACUACUGAACAGGAAAGCAUCAAAGGUAUCUUGGGUUCCUUCACCUAUUGAAUUCCUUUAACCACAUGAUACUGCAAGGUGCUUUUUUCUCUACCAGCUAAUAAAUUGCAACACACUUGUGGAGAAAGACAAGAGUGUAGGCACAGCCAUAGACAUUAAUACACCAAAUUCAUACAUCUUUGCACUUGAGAGAACACUCACUUUUAUACUGAAUGACAAUGAUAGUUUUAGACAUCAUGUAAAUACUAACUAGACAACCAUCCAGGGGUGGGAUUGCAGGUUCGGGCUAAGAGAACAUAGUAUAAUAUUGAAGUGCUACAUAUCAAGGUCUUUCUUGUACUCUGGUCCUACCCACCACCAGCAGUAUGAGAAACUGUAUAGAGUGCAGGAACAGUUCUAUGAAUUUUUCAGUUCUUCUGCCCUGCAAACACACUCGCACACAGACGCACACAUGCACCCUUUCUAACUCUAAAAGAAUAGCGUUGCUUCGCUUCCUUCCUCCUUCCCGCUUUGACCUCUUAAAGCCAAGCGUCUGACACACGCUAGUCUCUAGAGGUGGCCUUUACUGCCACCUAGUGGAGCCAUGAUAGAAAAUGCAUUCUCCUAUUGAAGUCUUUCUGCACACCUCUCCAAUUCUUGGAGCUCUAAAUGAACUAAGCAUGGGUGGGAUCCUUCCCAUGGCACCAUUGUGCUGUGUAGUGCUAAGCUGCCCACAUAACAUAGUAUCUCUAAAAUUUAUUGUUAUUGGAGAAUUGAGGACGUGAAGUGUAAUUGGGGAAAAACUACUCACCAGUGACCUUAGAUAAGUCACUGAAUCUUUAAAGCACAGUUUUCUCAUCUAUAAAAUAGGCGAUAAUAACACCUCCAAGGAUUGUUGUGAGGAUCAAAUAAGCUAGAUAUACAUGACAAGAUUUGUAAAGUAUUCUGUGUGUGUGUUACUCUUGAUAUCGAGAUCAAAUUUUCACCUGCCCUGCUAUGAUUCUGCUGAGAAUUAUGUUCAACUUUGUCCUUUUGCCAGCCAGCCUGCUGUUAUUGUGAAGUCACACCUGAAGUAGCUUUAUUUCAUCAAUAAAUAUUUGUUAACUGAGGUAAACAACUAAAGAUAUGUGAUUCCUCUUAAUGUUCUGUGUAGAGGUAAGGAAUAUUUGAGAAAACUCCUUUAUUAGAGAAUUAGCUCCAGUACUCAGGCAGGCAUUACAGAGCCUGGAAAUGGCUGAUGAGUGCAGCACCUCAUUAAAUACAUUCUUGGAGAGGCCCGCCCGGUGGCGCAGUGGUUAAGUGGGCAUGCUCUGCUUCGGCGGCCCGGGGUUCACAGGUUCGUAUCCCAGGAGCACACUGAUGGACUGCUUGUCAAGCUAUGCUGCAGCGGUGUCCCAUAUAAAGUAGAGGAAGAUGGGUACGGAUAUUAGCCCAGGGCCAAUCUUCCUCAGGAAAAAAAAAAAAAGAGGAGGAUUGGCAUUGGAUGGUAGCUAGGGCUGGUCUCCCUUGGGGAAAAAAAUACAUUCUUGGAGAGCUCACUCAGCCCAGCCAGAGGGAAAAUGUUCUAAGUGAGUAUAACCUGCUGAUGAUCUGAAUUUAUCCUGAAUCAUAUAGCAAAUUUCCUCUGGAAAUUGUUGAAAUGCAUGAAUGGUUAAUAAUAGCACCUGAGGUGGCCUUGUUUUGCCACUGUCAAAUGAAUCACUUCAUUAUCACGCAUUCCAUAAAAUAUUCUAGGCUCUUUCAUCCCUAAAGAUACCACAGUCUUGAAGAAGUUAAAAUGUCAUCAGGUAUAAAAAGAUUUUGGAAGAAAUACUGCCUAUAAGUCUCUUAUUCUAAAGAGAUUUCUCUGCCACACCCAUCUUGUCCCCUUUGCCCUUCUCCCAGCCACAUGGAGUCCUCUCCUGUAACCCUCCCAUUUUGUCAGAAGCUAUUACUGCUCAUUUAGCUUCACUUGUUUCUCUACUCAACCUAAGACAUCUGUCAAUCAGCUCAAUCACUUUCACCCUUCUCUCAAUUUUUUUAACCCCUUUUAACUUUCCUCACACCUAUCCUUCAAACUUUAAACACUGGUUCAAUGAAGCUAACUGAUUUCUCCCCAAAGCCCACAUUGCUGAGCAGCGCUGCAGAAAAUCUCAGCUCUGAUGAUUGAGGUCCUUACAAUGGCAUGGUCUCCAACACACCUGAACUAUUUACCAUUUCUUUUAGAUUUUCUUGAGUAACUUUUCCAUUUCUUUUAGUAGUUAUUCAGAUUUCAGUGGCUCUCUUCAA